CGAACGAAGCAGCAGCCAGCACCAUCAGCAGCACAGAAGUUGGGUUGAGUAGUCCGCAGAUCCCUCGCGUUUGGUUUUCAAUUCGUUUCGUGUGUGGCAAGCUGAAAGUCAAAAGCAUUCACAGUGGCCAUAUUCGUCUUUGAAUUUAGUGAUUUUGUUCAUUGCAGAUCGCGUUUCGAUUCCGCCUUGGCAAGCACGCAAGCGAGUAAUUUUCAUACGUGAAAUAUUGUACACACAAAGACGGUCAUUUUUUUUCGCGAGUUCCAUCGUUCUUGUGCUCGGGGUUUGAAACGUCGAAAAGUCGGAACCCAUUUUGUGUGGAGAAAGUCUGCGCUUAUAGCUGGUGCGGAGUGUGUCCCCUGCGCUCGUUUGGGGGGACAGUGUUACGUUUUAUUUCGCAUAUUGGACUAUUUUGGUAAAUUUUCGCUGUUCAAGAUUGCUGGCUAUUUUCGAUUACCUCCAAAUAAGAGCAUUUUCGAGAUUUCGCAGGGUGUAGAGCUCGGAAAAGUGAAGAAAAGACCUGCCGAGCAACAGGAGUAGCGGCGCGCUAGUGUGUGAGCCGAUGAAUGUGUGUGUGUUUGUGUAACAACCAGCCAAACGAAGAAGAGUGUGAAUUAAAUUGAAGAAAAAACAAGAAGAUUUUAUUCAAUCCCAUCAGUAAUAGCAAAAAUAAAGCGGAGAAGAAAUUGAAAACACGUCCAAUGAGAAGAAGAAACUACAAUUUUCUGUGUUUCUGUUGGAUCGCGAAGAAAAAGUGAGAAUAAACCCCAGUCAAAAUUGGUUCAGUGGUGAAAAUCAAAAAUCCAACUCAUCGAACCACACUGUAGAUAGUAGCAGUCGAUCCGAGAGGCCGGAUAGAAAGAAGAAACAAAAACAAUGUCAAUGGACAGCCGGAACACCUCGGCCCUGUUCAAACGGGCCGAACAGCUGAAACGCUGGGAGGAAUCCGAUACGAACAGGCACCAUAGUGGCACUCCGAAGAGUCCCUCGAUGCGCCGGAUCAAGUUCUCCUCCGGGUGUAUCUUUCUGGCGGCUUGCGUGGCCGGGGACAAGGAUGAAGUCUCCCGGCUGCUGGAAACCGGAGCCGAUAUCGAUACAGCCAACGUGGACGGGUUGACGGCGUUGCAUCAGGCAUGCAUAGACGACAAUCUGGAUAUGGUCGAAUUUUUGGUACAGAAUGGAGCAGAUGUGAACAGAAAAGACAACGAAGGAUGGACGCCCCUGCAUGCCACAUCUUCCUGCGGAUUCCUUAGCAUAGCCCGUUACCUGAUAGAGAAUGGUGCCGACCUGGCAGCGAUCAACAGCGACGGCGAGCUGGCACUGGAUCUGGCCUGUUCGGAUGCGAUGGAGGAUCUCAUCCAGCGACAUAUCGAUGCACAGGGUAUCGAUUGUGACGAGGCUCGCCAAAUAGAGGAGAAGAUCAUGCUGAGCGACGCGAAACGGUGGCUUCGCAGCGACAGUACAGACUGUGAUAAACCCCAUCCCAAGACUGGCGCGACGGCGAUCCACGUGGCUGCGGCGAAAGGAUACAUCAAAGUGCUCGGUUUGCUGCUGGACGGACGGGGGGACUUUGACAAGCAGGACGUGGACGGUUGGACGGCGCUGCAUGCGGGCGCCUAUUGGGGACAGAAAGAAGCGGUGCAGAUGCUACUAAAUGCCAAUGUGGACAUCGAUAUUCAGAACUACAGCGGUCAGUAUGCGAUCGACAUUGCACAGAAGGAUAUCGUUCCCUUGCUGGACGAGGCGAGAAAGAACAUCAAACGGCCUAAACGGCGACCUGCUAGUCAAAUUAGAAUUACGGACACUAUUGAGAAUAGCAUCGAGACACCUACGAAGGUCAUCCGAGUCGAGGUUAAACCGAUCGACAGUAAAGAGAAAGAAGAAUACAUCAGUGGUAGUGAGCAAGAAGAUGAAGAACAAGAGGAGGUAUUAGAGGAAGAAGAAGACGACGAAGAGGUAGCAGAAAUUGAAGAUGGAAUGGACGACAGCGGAAGUGGCUUAGAAGAGGAAGCGGAAGAAGAAGAAUCGGCAGAUGAUGGAAAAUGUUCCGAUGAAGUCGAAGAGCUGACUAUGGAGGAAGAAGCUGUCGCUGAGGAGGAAUCGGAACAUGAAGCCAGUGUGUCCUCGGAACCGUCGCCUUAUGCUUCUUCCAGUAGUUCUGAGCCAGAAAGUAGCAUGACUGAGUCUGACACAGAAGAAAUUCCCCUAUCCAUUCCGACGACCAUUUCCCGACCGAGUACGUUGGUACCGAGAGCGGAACAGCUCAUCGUUCCGAAGCUACGCGAGCAACAGCAGAGUGCCGUUCCACCACCGGUGCCCUGGCGCCGUCCACGGGCCGUCUCAACACCGAUUCCGACCGCCGAUCGUGUUCAGCAACAGCAGGAAUACGCGCAGAAGCUCCAGAACGGGGAUGCUCCCGAUUCGUACCGAAAUCAAGUUCCUGAGAAAGAGAAUCAACCAACUGAGCCCGAUGUGAUACUGCGACGGACGCAAAGUUUCGAGAGCGAUGAAAAGUUCUAUCAAAAGUACGUCGAACUGCGGGCACGAAUACAGGCCAAUUCAUGUCCCAUACUGCCGAACACGAACGCAAAAACCGCCGUCAGCAACUAUCUCGUACAAAGGUCAGCCUCGCUUAAGGAUCACCGGACGCUAAGGAAAGCUACCAGCAACCUGGUGCUGGGUAGUACCGGCAGUACUACCACCGGUGCCGUCACAACGAACGUACAAACAACGACGCCGACUGCCGCCACGUCACCGCCCACUAGUCCAACCGGUACGCCGACUACAACGCCAAGCGCCGGACAGAUCCGCAGCAUCACACCUACCAACAGUGACAAUAACAACAUCAACAGUGUCACACCGCUAGAGGUCACCGUCACACCAGUCGACAACAGAAAUAACAACAACGACUCCACUGCCACCACCAACAGCAUCAAUAGCAGUAGUAACGCAAUCAACAAAAAUCAUAGCCUGUUCGAACUCAAUCGAAAAUACAUCGAACAAGCGCAGAAGACGAAGAUUAAUAACGAGCGUAAUAAAUUUCUCUCCUCACUCAACGAGAAGAGGCAACAGCAACAGCAGGAAACACAACAACAGCAGCAGGAAGCGAAAGCGGCGGCACCCGCAGCAGCACAGCAGGCAGCCGCAAAAUCCGGCACCGCAGAAAAAGAACCGUCGCCGACGGAACCAGCCGCAAUCGCUAAGAGUGUAGCGUCCGUCUAUGCAACGUCUGCCUCCAACGUCCUUCCACCGCCCGUCACGACGACAAGCCAGUCCCAGUCUCCGACAGUGACAUCCACGAACAAACUUUCGCCGGGCAAUAUUUUCAAAAAUUUCUUCAAAUCCUUUGUGCCACCGACACGCGACGAAGAGAGUGAAACGCAGCGGAAAGCGCACGCUAAGCGGGUCCGCGAAACGCGACGUUCCACGCAGGGUGUUACGUUGGACGAAAUCAAGAGUGCCGAACAGCUGGUCAAGAAGAAGAAUUCCUCCAACAGUGAUAGCGACCCAGCCACAACCACGUCCACUACCACCGCAACACCAACAAUCACCACAACUCCCAGCAGUACCACACCCACGUCAUCUACAUCCAUCCCCAUCAACGAUCGUGUGCCAUCCGUGGACGGCAGUAGCAGUGGUGGUGCUAGCAGUGCGGCAGAGGUAAGCAACAAAGUUCCUUCUUCAGCAACAUCCGCAGCAGCAGCAGCAACAGGACCUCGGAUCAACAGCGACGAGCAAGUAUCUGCUAGUUUCACAAUCAGCGUCCCUCCAUCGAGCAUGGCAGCUUCGGCCACCGUUAAAUCGAACCGCGGUGACGGAGGGGAUGGUGGUGGAGGUGGUGGAGGCGGCGGAGAUCAACGAUCUCCGGAUGAGGACGGCAGUAAGAUCAGCGUUUCGUACACGAUCACCACACCGAGGCUCGCCAGUUCGGCUACAACUAUCAAGACGAGUAGCGUAGAAGCCACAACGAACGCCAAAGAAAAAGAUACGACAGAAUCCCCCACAGUGACAGCGGUCUUCAGCGUUCCUGGUGUAACCGCUGCCAAUACGACGACGAAUAACAACAAUCCUAACAGUAACAACAAUAAUCUUAACCAAAAGACUGAAUCAGACGAGUUGACGAGAACGAAACCUACGAUAGGUGAUUCUUCGAUCAGCAGUACACCAGCUUCCGCGGCAUCGAUAACGGCCACCAUUCGGACACCAAGCUCAUUUAGUACCAGCAAACGCUCACUGUUCGACAUCGAUAACGCUAAUUCACUUACGCUAGCGGAGAAACUCCGCCAAGAAGCAAACAAGUACGCCGAAAGUGAUAAGGAAAACUUUGCCGGUUCUAAAGGACCGAUUACCACCGGUAAUGUAACUGCGACGACUACGACAGCAACAGCACCGAAAAGUGAGGCCAUCGCGAGUACUACCUCGGUCACGUCCGUCGAAGGUACAGUAUUACUGCGGAAGGAUACGAGUGCACCCUCAUCACCGCUGCAUCAGCAUCAACAGCAUGCGGCCUCGGCGAUGGCUGAACGGAGACCGUCGUGGCGUUUGAAGGUGGAUGGUGGAUCCAAGUUCAAACUGGAAGACGCCUCGGUGCCAACCAGUAUCUCCGCCACAUCUCCCAGCACCACCAGCAGUACCGUCGUCACUGCCCUGGAUUCCUCGAAUAACCGACAACAAAACGAGCUAAAUAGUAUUUCAAUGUCCUCGUUGGCCCAACGGAGGCAGAACGGCGACAGUAGUAGCCUAAUCACAUCUCGUCCUACAUCCGCACCAGAGCUGAGUAGUUCCAUAACGACGCCCGUCGUCAGCAAUCAGCAGUUACAGCAAAACGAUGCCAGUUUGCACUUGCGGAGACCACUGAAGGCUAGUGAGGAGAACAAGGAGAACGAUAAGGAGAACGAGAACCGCAGUAGUGCCCAAGCAACGCAGGCGGUUAUCCAGAGAAGGAGGCGCCCAAAACGGCGUUCCACUGGCGUGGUGCACGUCGACAUGGAGGAUAUUGAUGCGGAACGACAAGAUUCUCCAGUCGACGGGGAAGAGAAAGAGUCUGGAACGGAACGAGGUCGAUCGCGCGUAGGUUCGACCGCAUCCGAGGAACAGAAGGACGUGGAAUCCAAGGAGAAUGGUGGUGACUAUAUUGACUACAAAGCUCUCUAUGAACAGGCCAAAGCGGAUAAUGAUAAACUUAAAAGCGCGAUGCGGAAAAAGGAUGAAGAAGUGAUCAGUUUGAAAGCGGCACUCGACAGGUUCACGACUGCGACCACCAAGAACAACUCGCUGUCGGAGCUGGAAAAGCGGGAAAGACGAGCGAUGGAACGGAAAAUGUCGGAAAUGGAGGAGGAGCUCAAGUUGCUGCAAAAAUUCAAAACCGAGAACGAACGUCUACGCGCGGAGAACCGCGCCCUCACGCGGGUAGUGUCCAAACUAACGACAUCGGCGCAAAAUCAACUGCACAACAAACAAUAGUAAUAGUAGUAGAUGUUGUUGCUGCACUAGUACUAGUAGUAGAACAAAAAAAAGGACUUCUGUCGCACCCGCAGACACACACACGCACCCGAGGUCGAUUCAUCGCCUGGAGAUUACAGUCGAUUAAAUAUUGCGUUAGUUCGAUUCAAGCAUUUCUGGUUAGUUUAUUAGUAAAUUUGAUCGCCAACCAUACUAUUAGAAUUUAGAGGACUGAUAUAGUGAAACCAUUUUAAAUAUCUUAUAAUAGAGAAUGGUUAAAGUAGCUAACUUAACUAAAACUAUCACCUAUGAACUGUCAUAAAAUUCAGAAGCCAAAAAAGUUUGCACCGCGACCGCCAAAUUUAGCAAUAGAAAGUUAAAUAAUCGAUCUUAUGACACACCACACACGGUACCGGGCAUGUGUUCGCGGGGUGCGCUCAGAACGACAAAUCACAAACCGGAGGAACAGUGGAAACAAUCCAACUAAAUACAACGCUCGUGGACAACGACUUCUCAACGACUUUUAGCACACAACGGUUCGCGUUCUUGCUGUAGUAUAUAUCAACGUGGUACAAGAAAAACAAGAGUAGAACAAAGCUACAACAAACAAACGAAAAAAACAGGUUCGCGGUUCCCCAAAAACCGGUCUACCCACAGAAACUGAUUUUGCAGCUGGAUGCCCUCAAGACCGAGAAUCAGCGCCUGAAGGACGAGAACGGAGCUCUUAUUCGUGUAAUUAGCAAGCUAAGUAGAUAGAGGCAGGCAGCGUCAGGGGCGAACGAGCCUUUCGUUACUGGUGGAAGUAUCUGAAGGCGAAUUAUAGGACGGCAUUUUACCAACUUCACUACACACAGAACAACAGCUAGAAAGCAAAAAAAAGAAAACCUAAUUUUAUCACUAGACUAUUAAAGCGAUCAAAGGGGGAAUAUUAAACAUACAAUGUAAAUUAGAGGAAAAAUCAAACUAAACGCAGAAUUACUAAGCUAUAAUCUACAGCAACAGUGGACCUAUUUAUUAAUAAUAUGAACAACACGUAUCAAGAAAAAUGAUUUCAUCCGUUUCUUUUUAGGUAUUGUUUACUGCAGUUCUAGAAACGCUCAACCAGCAGUGGUGAAAGAUUGAUUGUUAAAAAAAUGUAAUCAUUCUGUGUUGUUUUAAUUUGAUUUAGGGAAAAUAAAUGGAAAUGCAAAGCUGAUUAUGUUAAUUGUCUAUAACAUUGAUAGUGAAAUAGUGCUCUAUGUAGCUGAUUUAAAACUUUAGUGAUGCUCAGAGGCAAAAAUGAUAUCGCUGCACGUUUGGCCAACAAUUUUUGAUACAAAAAAUUUACGCCUCAAAUCGUGACGAAGCAUAUAAGAAAAGCAACUUGUUUGAAUGGUUUAAGUUAUAAAAAAACUUUGGUAAAUUUAAAUGUGUAACUCAUUUUUCGUGAGCUUAAAUCUUUUAUUUGUGAAAAACAAAUUUGACUGUGUUGAGAAGUACAGAGAACUAGAAAACAAUAACGGAAGCUGUUGGAGAAAAUUUGUGAAAGGAACAGAAAAGUAUAUUUAUAGAUUUUAUAGCAAUCACACGCAGCGUAUUUAUAUGUAUACAUCAUUUAGGGAAAGAGAGAUAAUAAUCACUUUUUUGUCGCACUAAGAAAUGUUUUUCCUCUAUGAAUGUGCUAAUUGGAGUAUAACUAUUAGAGAAGGUUCUUCGUUAACAAUGAUAUGUUAAAGAAGAACAAGCAACUAAAAAAACAACCACGGAUUUGAUCUCCAUUGGCUAGCGUUUAUAUAUUACAGAGUUUUUCAGUAUGUAUAGCAUCAUCUACAUCUCGUGUUUUCGUGUACUCAUUUGAUCUACUACUGUGUCCAAAGUACUACAUAUUUUCUCUAUUGUUUUUCAAUAAUUCAUACACUGUCUUACCGUUAAGGUAGAGGUUUUAGUAUUUAAUUUGCGCGCAUUGUAUAAAUAGAAGCAAUAGUUAUGGCAUUUCAAAUUUCCUACUAAAAGUCAUCCCUCACCUCUACGCUGCUCGUUAGGCCAUCGUUAGUCACACUUUUAGCUAGUGCUAUCAAAAUGCAACCCUGCGAUGCUCCUCUUUCGGCAUCAGAAAUUAGAUUCAUUUUUUUAUGUGUCUAAAUCUAUAUUAUAUCUGUUACUCCGCAGACAGAGUCGAAGCAAUUUUUUUUGGCGGCAAAACCAUCUGUUGUAUGUUAUCGUAAUUGUAUCUCUUGAAUUUAGUCGAUCGAUAUUUCCCUUUUAAGUCAUUUUUAGAGUGUGCUGUGAAGGAACAAAAAUCACACAUAAGAAAGCAAGCAAGCAUACUAAAGUACUUCCCCGUUCUCUUCAUUACUAUUAUUACUAUUAAUGUAAUUAUUAUUGACUACUAUUAUACUAUGUUUACUAUUAAUAUGUUGUACUUGUCAUCGAGAUAAAUAAAAAGCACAUAAACAACA